AUUCUACUCUGUGGUGCAGGGACAAACAAACGUCAAAAACUGAAAUCUGACCAAAAUAUUUUUGGAUUUUUGGGAGAAUAUUUCAUAAUUUAUAAUUCUGAGUUUUUAAUUACUAUCCAGUUACAGCUAAGUUAGAUCAAAAAUGUUUCUUACCAAUAUUUUACUGAAGAAAGCUAAAAGCAAAAUGGUGAUGGUUCUAAUGGAAAGUGCAGUAUCUGGCCACAAAUUCACAGCAAUCAGAGAACGACUGGUCGACAAACUAGAAGUUAUACGGUUUGACCCUUACAUUCGCGCUCAGAGUGUGUACAGGGAGAGAAAGAAGAUUAGAAGUAUAAAGUCGUCGUAAGUUUCACCAAAUAUUUAUUUAAGAGUAGACAGUAGAUUAAAAAUAAAUAUGCAACACUAAUAGUAUAAUGUUAUAAUUUAGUUAUUGUACUUUAAACAAUAAACAAAUCUUUGGAUACACCACA